AUGGGGGCAGCUGAGAGGUACAAGACUGUGCUAGUGCAAGACGAGAGGAGGGACAAGACUGUGCUAGUGCAAGACGAGAGGAGGGACAAGACUGUGCUAGUGCAAGACGAGAGGAGGGACAAGACUGUGCUAGUGCAAGACGAGAGGAGGGACAAGACUGUGCUAGUGCAAGACGAGAGGAGGGACAAGACUGUGCUAGUGCAAGACGAGAGGAGGGACAAGACUGUGCUAGUGCAAGACGAGAGGAGGUACAAGACUGUGCUAGUGCAAGACGAGAGGAGGGACAAGACUGUGCUAGUGCAAGACGAGAGGAGGUACAAGACUGUGCUAGUGCAAGACGAGAGGAGGUACAAGACUGUGCUAGUGCAAGACGAGAGGAGGGACAAGACUGUGCUAGUGCAAGACGAGAGGAGGUACAAGACUGUGCUAGUGCAAGACGAGAGGAGGUACAAGACUGUGCUAGUGCAAGACGAGAGGAGGUACAAGACUGUGCUAGUGCAAGACGAGAGGAGGGACAAGACUGUGCUAGUGCAAGACGAGAGGAGGUACAAGACUGUGCUAGUGCAAGACGAGAGGAGGGACAAGACUGUGCUAGUGCAAGACGAGAGGAGGGAGACUAUGGCCAUGGCGGCGGACAGGAGGAAGACCCCAUGCGCCCGCUCCCCAAUCCCCCAUCACCCCUUUUGA